AUGGAGGCCGACAAGGCGGAAAAUAUCGGCACGCUUCGAAGACGCCGCGGGGCAACUAAGGCGAAACUGACAAGAUUGAUCGCGAAAAUCGAGCAGCUCCGAACGUCAGGCGAAGUGAGCAAGGAACUAAUCGAAGAAUAUGUCGCUAGUCUAGAGCGAAUACGAGUCAAUUUCGAUAGGAUACAAGAUGAGAUCGUUGAGAUGACGGGAGGAGAGGUCACUGUCGCGGACUCAUCGGAAGAAGCGUACUUCGAAGAUCGACAUGUUGAAGUAAAGGUAUUGUUAAGCAAGAUAAUGCGAGAUUUGCCAACACUACAAGAUGAGGCUUCAUCGAUGAACAGCGAAACGAUCGCACGUGUGCUGCAGCAACAGUCGGAGUUAAUUCAGCAUGUUAGCCGACAGUCAAGCACGUUAUCUCCAUCGACCGAUAAUAAUGAUGCCAUAGCUAGAGCGAUAGAGCAACAGACCGAGCUGCUGUCGCGGAUCGCAGGCACAGAUGGCGUCGCGAAUCGAACUUCGGGAGUCAAGCUGCCACCCGUACAACUACCUACGUUUGACGGGCGUCCCGAAGAAUGGAAGCGAUUUGCGGAUACAUUUCGUUCGCUCAUUAACGACAAGAGAGAUAUAUUACCAGUGCAAAAAUUCCAAUAUCUUGCUACAUCGCUAAUAGGUGAUGCAGCAAGGGUGAUCGAUUCUAUAGAGUUAACCGCGGACAACUACACUAUAGCGUGGGAACUACUACAGAAACGAUACGACGAUCCACGUGCAAUAAAGAAGAAGCAUAUCGAAUGUCUUUUUAGAAUGCCAAUCGUUAAAAGGGAAUCAGCAACUGCCAUACGAGAGUUGAUCGAUUACACGAUGAAACAUUUACGAGUUCUAAAGGCAAUGGAGUUACCGACUGACUCGUGGGACGAACUUAUUGUACAUAUGAUGGAAACUAAAUUAGAUGCCGUAUCCCUACGUGCCUGGGAGCAGGAAGGUAACACUAAUGCCCUAGUAUUAGAAAAUUUAAUCAAUUUCUUGCAGAAACGAUGUCAAACAUUGGAACGUCUUGAAGCGAGAGAAAGCCAUAGAGACGCUGCGCAAUCGAAAGAUGAGGACCACAAGUCUGGCUCUAGGCAGCGAAACCAGAAGCCAGUUCGAGACCACAAGGCAGCGUCGCUUACGAUGCUGACAAAUACCAACAAGUGUUUUCUGUGCAAGGGGGAACAUUUCUUAUACCAUUGUAAGAAAUUCAUCGCAAUGCCAGUCGACGAACGUAUCAAGGAAGUUCGCCGCCUUAAACUUUGCCUAAAUUGUUUACGUAAUGACCAUUACGUCAAGUCAUGUAAAAUGGGAUCUUGCCGUGAAUGCUCGGGUAGACACAACACUCUAUGUCACCUGCCAUUGGACAUGAAAGAGAAGCCUACCAAGAAGAGUGUUGAGAUCCCAUCGAUGUCCAAUGCCAACAAUGAAAGUAACGAUCAGGUAGCAAUACAUUUGUCGGCGAAUGCGCUAGCGAAACGUCACGUGAUUAUAGCAACAGCGAGAGUUUACGCGAUACUGCCUAACGGUUCGAAUGUACCAUGUCGUAUACUUUUGGACAGCGGAAGUGAAGCGCAUCUUGUCACUAGCUCAGCGUGUAAUAAGAUCGGAGUUAGACGAAAUCAAUCUUCGGAAAUCAUUACGGGUAUAAAUGAACUCACGAAUCAAAUACAUCAAGGUGAGUCGCUCAAUGGAAAUCUUGAACGAUUUUGGGAAAUCGAAAAUUGUAAUACCUAUGUGCGUCCUAUUAUGUCCGAAACAGAACAAAAAUGCGAAGAAAUUUUCGAGCUAACGACCGUGCGUGAUAAUAAUGGUCGAUUCGUCGUGUGUUUACCUAUUCGUGAAGACGCUGAACCGUUGGGCGAAUCUCGCGGAAUCGCAGAAAAUAGAUUAAGGCAAUUGGAACGUCGUUUUAAGAGUAAUCCAUCAUUGCGAGAGGAAUAUAAUAAGUUUAUGCGCGAAUAUGAGACAUUAGGUCACAUGUCACAAGUAAGGGACGAUGAAGAUAGACCCAAUUCACAGACUGUAUAUUUACCACACCAUUGCGUUGUAAAGGAAUCUAGUUCUACUACACAAUAUCGCGCUGUUUUUGACGCAUCUAGUAAGAUUACGUCAGGACGAUCUCUUAACGACAUACUGAUGAUCGGUCCUACAAUCCAAAAUAGUUUAAUAGAAAUAAUGAUUCGGUUUCGUAUGCACAAGAUUGCGUUAACUGGAGAUAUAAAAAAGAUGUAUCGUCAAGUAAUUAUUGAUCCGCAAGAUCGCGACUAUCAACGAAUUUUAUGGCGAUAUUCAUUAGAUGAACCGAUUCGUGAAUAUCGUUUGAACACAGUCACUUACGGAGAACCUAGUCCAUCGUACUUAGCUAUUAAGUGCAUAUGUAAACUCGCAGAAAUAGGCGAUCACGCGUACUACGAGACGAAAUCUAUGUAG